AUGGCUGAUACGAUCGAAGCAAAAAGGAAAAGACGCAAGGUGCUUCGUUGUAGUUUUACAAAGUUGGCAGGCGAAUUAGAAAAUUUGUUGAGAGCAGUGCCGGUACAACACAACCAAGUGGCUGUUCUAUGGGAGUGUUUUAAACCGAAGUAUGAAGAGUUGUAUGCAGGGGAAUGCUCCGUCUACAAUCAUUUGCUGGAAUCGGACACGACAGAAGAGGAACUUCUUGCCGAGAUGGACCAGAACGAUGCUUACAACAGAAGAUUCUUCGAAUUGAAGUUUCAAGUCGAGAAGCUAUUGGGACAACCACUUGAUUCGUUGGACGUUCGAUCCAGGGAUGGAAGUAGGGUUGAGGUAGACAAUUGCCCAUCUAAAGGUAAGCACAAGUUUCUACUACCCACCAUCCAGUUCAAGUUAUACGAUGGAAAUAUUCGCGAGUGGCUCGGGUUUUGGUCACAAUUCAGUAAAAUCCACGAGGAUGCAGACAUUGACGCGUGUGAUAAAAUCGAGUACUUAAUUCAAGCUACUGUUGACGGCAGUCGUGCGCGAAAAAUUGUAGAGAGUUUUCCGUCCGUCGGCGAGAACUAUGAAAAAAUAAUUGAUUGCUUGAAAUCUAGAUUCGGCCGGGAAGACUUACAGAUCGAGGUGUAUGUGCGAGAAUUGCUCAAGUUAGUCCUCAACAACGCGCUAUUACAGGGUAAAUACGACCUUGCUCAGUUAUACGAUCGUAUAGAGACACAAUUGCGGGCCCUAGAUACUCUUGGUAUCACGAGUGAUAAAUAUGCUGCUCUAUUGUUUCCUUUGAUUGAGUCGUGUUUACCUCAAGACCUUAUGAGAAUUUGGCAACGUUCUACAUUUAAUACAAGCCAAGAUACCCAAGUUUCAGGAUCCAGUUCGAAUUUAACCAAUUCACAAAGUGACGAGUUUUCUCUAGAGAUUCGCUUGAAAAAUUUAAUGCGUUUCUUACGUUCAGAAGUUGAGAAUGAACUAAGAGUUGACCUGGCGAGUGAGGGUUUCGGUUUAUCGGAGAAUGUGAGGAAACAACCAAAUUCUGAGAAAAAAAAUGCACGAAAUUUAGAGACAAAAAAGACUGCAGCUGGACUUUUGCAUGCGGAUGUUCAAAAAUGUAUAUUUUGUUCUGGAAGUCAUGAGAGUCAUUCUUGUUUCAAGGCGCAGAAAAUGAAUAUCGACGAACGAAAACGUAUUCUUUCGGAGAAAAAAGCGUGCUUCAAAUGUUUAAAGAUCGGUCACGUAUCACGUAAAUGCAGGAUGCGCUUGAAGUGUAUUGUUUGUGGAUACUCGCAUGUGCCGCUUAUGUGCCAAGAGAUACCAAAUAAGCAUCGAGAAGAAAAACCACCAGACGAGAGAGUCGAGCGAAAAAACGACCACACAAUGACAAACCAAACUCUUACUACUCAUGUCUUUCUUCAGACUUUGCGCCUGUCAUUACGGGGGAACAAGGGUGUCAGAUCCGUGAGGGGGUUGGUCGACUCAGGGUCUCAAAGAAGCUACAUUUUGAGAUCCACAGCUGCUGCACUCAAUUUGAAGCCAAAGAGGACAGAGAAAAUAACCCAUUGCCUUUUUGGUGGUACACAGGUUGACAACACUCACUACUGCUAUGACAUUACCGUUUUCAGGGGCAACUAUAGCAUCACAUUCGAAGUUCUAGAUCAAUUCUGUAUUUGUAACGAUGUGGCGACGGUAUUCUAUGGUCCUUGGAUACAGGAAUUGAGGAUCGCUGAUAUCGAUGUAUCGGAUGUGGGUGAGUCAGGCCCGAUAGAAGUGUUAAUUGGAGCAGAUGUUGCUGGGUUAUUCUACACUGGCAGAAGGCACAAGUUGAAGAGUGGACUGGUGGCAUACGAAACACAUUUUGGCUGGACAAUGGAAGGCAAGGUACCGACGCCGAGUUCUUUAAGUAUGCUGACGACGGUUUCCAUGCUGUCAAACCCUACCAUAACUGAACUUUGGCAGUUGGAUGUCUUGGGUAUAUCUGACCCAGAGGGGAGAAAGUCCAAAGAAGAGCUUGCGAUGGCAGCCAGGAGGAUGUUUGAAGAGACUGUCCAGAUGAACGAAGAGGGACGAUAUGAGGUGAGGCUUCCCUGGCUGGAGGAUCAUCCUGUUCUUCCUAACAACCUAGAAACGGCCAGAAAACGACUGGCAGGUACUUUAAAGAAGUUAGCGAAGGACCAGCUUAUUUCCAGGUAUGAUGAGGUGUUCAAAGAAUGGGAAUCUGCAGGUAUUAUCACUAAAGUUAAUGCAGAUGAUGAAAAAGGGCAUUACCUUCCUCAUAGACCAGUUAUCAAAGAGGGAUCAACAACUGCUGUUCGACCAGUUUUCGACGCAUCAGCACGUGGAAAAAACAGCCCUUCACUUAACCAGUGUCUGGAAAAGGGACCUAACCUAAUUGAAUUGAUACCUGCACUUUUAACCAGAUUUCGUGAGAAUAAGAUUGCCGUUAUAGCAGACAUUAAAAAGGCGUUUUUACAGAUUAGUGUCAACACUAAAGACCGUCAUUUUUUAAAAUUCCUGUGGGUCGAUGAGAAGGGACAAGAAAUUGUUUACAAACAUAACAGAGUUGUGUUUGGAGUGAACUGUAGCCCUUUUCUACUCGGAGCGACAAUAAAAUAUCAUCUGUCGAAAUAUUUUAACAUAGCCUAUGAUGAAGGGAAAUUCUUUUCUAAGGAAAACAUAGAGAGACUUGACAGAAGUUUCUACGUAGACAACUGCGUAACCAGCGUUCCAGAUGAGGAGGUGCUGAACCAUUUUAUCACGCAGUCGGUACAAGUAAUGCAAGAAGCAGGUUUCGAGCUCCGAGGGUGGGAGUUCUCAGGAAAUGGAGCUUCUCAGGAAAAUGGAAUACCCGUGCUUGGACUUCGAUGGUAUCCAGCCAGGGAUGUUUUGACACUUAAUAGGGAUUUGAUCAAUGUAGAAAUCGGGGAUAUGCUUGUCACGAAAAGGAAAUUAUUAUCAGUGGCUCAAAAGAUCUUCGAUCCAAUUGGAUUCACCUGCCCUGCGACGCUUCGACCGAAAUUGUGGUUGCAAGAAUUGUGGUCGAGGAAUAUUAGUUGGGACACUGCGGUAGAAGAUGAUAUAGCUAUUUCAUUCAAGGAGUGGGUCCAAGGAAUUCCGAACUUGCUGCAAAUCGAAUUACCUCGAUGGACAAACAUUGGUGAAACAAAUCCAGAAGAUGUCAGCCUUCACACCUUUGUUGAUGCCUCGAAAGAUGCUUAUGCUACCGCUAUCUUCUGUAGGAUCCAGAAGGUCGAUAAAGUGUUAGUUUACUUAAUGGCAGCCAAAUCCAGGGUAGCGCCAAUAGAGAAGACCAGUAAGACGUUAACAAUUCCCCGUUUAGAAUUGCUUGCUGCAACGAUAGGAUCCAGGCUGUAUUCACAGGUAAUAGAGAAUUUGUCGCAACGUUAUGAAACCUACUUUUGGAGCGACUCCACAACUGUCAUAGCGUGGAUUCAAAGAAAUGAAGAGUGGGGUACAUUCGUCCAUAACAGAGUUGAGGAAAUUAGAAGAUUGACGCCCUUGAAAAACUGGCAUCAUAUACCUGGAAGUAGAAACCCAGCCGAUCUACCUUCACGUGGAUGUUCACCUACCCAUUUACUAGAGUCGAAAUGGUGGGAGGGCCCUGAUUGGUUAUAUCAACAAAAAAGUGGCUGGCCUAUGACGAAACAGUUGACCACAGAUGAGGGAGAAAUUCUAAGAGAAAAGAAAAAGACAGUGAAGACGUUAUUGGAUAAAGAUGCAAGUACUGCUGAUUUUCACCUUGAUCAUUUCAGUGAUUACCCAAAAACAGUAAGGAUGGUGGCAUGGAUAUUCCGAUUUGGUAAUAAUACCAAUUGCUCAAAACAGCGAAGAACUGGAGAUAUUUCAGUCCAGGAGAUGAACAUGGCUGAAAAAUUCAUUUUCAAAUUGAUACAGAAAACUAGUUAUCAUAGUCCAGAGGAGAUUAGAUAUUUGAAACCGUUCUAUGAUGAGGAUGGUCUACUCAGAUUGAAAACGAGUGUAGCAAAUAGACCUGAUACCGAGGGCUUCAGAUUUCCGGUCAUCUUACCUGCGAAACAUCCUGUCGUCAGUAGCCUUAUACUUCACACACAUAAGAAGUCAUGUCAUGUAGGCGUUCAAGGCCUUAUGUCUUUACUCCGAGAGAAUUACUGGGUCAUUGGAGGUCGCCGGGCCAUCAGGUCCAUUGUGAAAAGUUGCGUGGUUUGCAAAAGAUUCAGUUCAAAACAUUUUGUGGUGGAAUCACCGCCUCUACCCAUCGAAAGAGUUCGAGACGCGAUGUGUUUCGAAGUGACGGGGGUUGACUUCGCGGGACCAUUGUAUUUAAAAACAGGUGAGAAGGCGUGGGUGUGUCUUUUUACAUGCGCAGUCUAUCGAGCUGUACAUUUAGAACUGGCAUCGACUCUUUCCACUAAGGGAUUUUUGCAAGUUUUUCGGCGUUUUGUCUCGAGAAGAGGAAGACCAAGGGUUAUCUACAGUGAUAACGGAACCAAUUUCCGAGGUACAGAUAAUUUGUUCGAGAGUUUGGAUUGGCAGAAAAUAACGCGCGAAGCGGCAAUACGGCGAAUAGAGUGGCGCUUCAAUCCUCCUACGGCCUCUUGGUGGGGAGGAUUUUUCGAGAGACUUAUUGGUGUAGUGAAGGGGCUGCUGAAAAAGGUCUUGGGGUCUGCAUGUCUCAAUUAUGAAGAACUAUUGACUAUAAUUUGCGACUGCGAGGCGACGGUUAACGCCAGACCUCUUACAUACGUGUCUAGCGAUUCCGAAGAUAUAUCGGCGUUGACACCCGCUAUGUUUUUACGGGAGCAAGUAGAGACUCUCUUACCUGAUUGUGACCUCAUUGAAAGAGUUUGUUUAUCGCGAAGCCUUCGCAAUAGGCAAAAACUGAGGGAUGAUUUACGUCGAAGAUUCCGAACAGAGUAUCUAGGACAGUUGAAACUGCUGUGUGACCAAAAACCUAAUGCGUCGGUUAAGCUGGGUCAAGUAGUGCUCGUCGGGAACGACCACAGCAGACGGGUAGAUUGGCCUCUCGGUCGAGUAAUUGAGGUGAUCCGCGGAAGAGACGGACUGAUAAGACUCGCUCGUGUAAAGACGCGUUGUGGUGAACUUCUUCGACCAGUGCGACGGUUAUAUCCGUUAGAAUGUGAAGGGGAAGUUGCUCGAGACCAAGAGGGCGUUGGCGCAACAGAGGAUCAUGAACUCUCUUCGCAGCAAGACGACGAACCUGAAGGGCAGUGCGAUUCGGGUUGUGCGGGAGUGUCUGAAAGCAGAGCACCCGAAAUCGAUCUUAAUGUUUCAAGAAUGUCGCGAAGUGGGCGGAAGAUCAAAGUUCCACAAAAACUUUUAGACUAA